AUGAGGGAUUUGUUGCGCUCUAGAAAUCCAAAUAGUUAUGAUAUGACAUUUGGUGCUAAUAUAGGUGACGGUACACUUGGUAAUUCAAGUGAUGGUGAAGCAGAUUUUACAAUUCCAGAUGAGUUUUUGCUCAGGUCUGAUGAUGAUCCUAUUGCUACAAUUGUUGAUAACAUCUUCCCUAGCUUUGGACGUGGUAAUGAGGAUCUGUCAUAUCUUAAGCAUAGUGCUAUAUUGGCUCCAACAUUGGAUGUGGUAGAUAGCAUUAACAAAUACAUGAAUGAUCAUAAUCCAGCUGAGGGUAGGACUUACUUGAGUUGUGAUUCAGUUUGUAAAUCAGAUUCAAAUACCGAUAUGUUAGCGGAUUUGCACACUCCUGAAUUCUUGAAUGGUCUGCGAUGUUCUUGA